AUGGCUUCCAAUAAGGACAGAAAGAAAGCCAAAAAGGCGAACAACGUGGACGAAAACUCGGAGCCUCAACUUUUAUUUCAAGAGGUAAUAGAUGAAACUGAUGUUUUGGAUCUUAAUUUAUAUUCGGACAUUAAUGAUGAAUUUUUUAAUGAAGCUAACCGGGUAGUCCAGUUUUUAAUGGAAGCUAAAAGACAUUUUGAAGCAUCGCGAAUUAAACGAUAUAGUGAUAUUAUUUUUAAUCUUCAUCGUCGGUAUGUAGAUGAAGUAAAUGAUAAUGAAGUUUUACGUCCCCAAAUAUUGUCAUCGGAAAAAAAGUUACGGCUGGCUCUCGAACUGACUUCAACAUCGGAAGAAGCUAUGCAAAAACUUAAAGAUUUGUUGGGGGAUGCCUGGAAAGAAUCAGAUGCAUCAGCUUUGCGAGAACAGUUAGUGCAAGAAAAAUUACAGGAAGUUUUAAUAAAGUGUGAAGGCCUCGCAGACCGAAAUAGUGGUACAACUGAUGACACAGCUGAAUUUGGACAUCUGGCCAAGUAUAAAAAUAUAAUACUAAGAGAACGCGACCGGUUAGCGGGAGAAGUUGUGGACUUAGAAAAACGAUUAGCCACAAAUAGAUAUUACUCAGAAAACUUGGAAUAUAUCAUUCGAAACAAUGAAGAUGCUAUGAGCAAAAUGGCUUCUCGAGCUAAAUUUGCUGAGGGCGAACGCCUAAACGUUGAAUCUAAGCUAAGAGCUUUGAUGAAGACAAUGGAAGAACAAAAAGAAGCACAUGGAAAGACUAUGAUGAAACUGGAUAUUGCGAAUAGAGAAUUAUCAGAAACGACACGUAAACUCAGUCAAAAAAUUUCCGACUACGACAGACAGAGGGUCCACUUAGAUAAAUAUAGAAGUGAAGUUAACGCAUUAAAUAAGGCAAUGCACAAAAAUGAAGAUGAUAUUUCCGACCUAACUAAAAAUCAAAAAAAUAAUGAGGAAAUGAUAAAGCAGUUAAGGCUAAUUGAAAAAGAAAAAUCAAAUGCAGUUUCUCAAUUAACGAGCAGGCUUAAAAAAUCUAUUGAAGAUCAAAAUAAUGCGACAACAAGAAUGUACAAACUAAAUAGAAAAGUCAUGAUGUUAAAUAGUGAAAUAUUAAGGCUUAAAAACAACAUUAAUUCUCUGGAGAAGGAUGUCUUGAAUGCAAAUGGCCGAACGGAUGAUAUUCGUCGUAUCAAAGAGACAUUGCAACGUGAACGGGAUAGUCUUCGAAGUGAUAUUAUAAAAUUAAAUAACACUAUGGCGGACUUAAAACAUGAUAUGAUGUUAAAGGCAAAUAUGAUAAGUUCCUUAAACCUCGAUAUGAAUAAACUAAAUGUAAAACUAGAUGAAGCUUACAUUCUUAAAUCCAAAGCAGAGAAAGAGAGAGAUGAAAUGGCGCAAGAAAUGGAAACUCUUCAUGAACGCAUUGAAAACUAUCAAGACCAAAUCUCUCUGAAGACGAGCCAAGUUAAUGAUCUCACGGAAAAGUUACACGAAAAACAAAGGGAAGUGCACAGUUAUAAAAAACAGUUGGAGUCCGUGCACUCUGAGAAAAUGAUGCUUCAGCGUAAUUUAGAAAAUACAACUCAGGAGCGGGACAAUUUUAGAAUUCUUCAAGCAAAAUCAGGACAUCAAAUUCAGCAAUUGACAACUGAAAUAAGCGCAAACGAAGUAAAAAUAAAUUCUUUAAAUUUAAAAAUAGAACAUCUUAAUAAUUAUAUAAAAGAACUUCAAUCCGACCUUAAAAACAAAGAAAACUUAGUGGCUGCCUUACGUAAGGAUAUGAGAGAAAUGAAAGCAAAAAAUGAAAUGUUAGCAAAGACUAUAUCAAACGAUGAACUAAAAUUUAUGAAAAUGGGUCAUGAAUUGGAAGAAAUGAGAAAGGAACGUAACCUAGUCGGAUUGCAAAUGGUACGACGGAAUGACGAGAUUGUUGUUAUAAAAGAAAAGCUUCAAAUUGCACAAAAUGCCCUUGAUAAUGGAACAACACAAUAUAAUCAACGUGUAGAAGAUAUUAGAUUACUGAAAAAAGAGAUUUCUAAUCUUCACACUGAAAGUGAAUGCCUUAAACACGCAAUUAAAAGUACUGCUGACAUGAGAAAGGAAAUUGUACGCCUCCAGCGUGCUCUUAAUCAAGAACAUAUUCGUAUACGAGCUCUAACUGAAGAUGCAAGAACACCUACAGGAGUACAUCGUUGGCGAAUAUUAAAAGGCGAAGAUCCUAAGAAAUUCGAAUUACUUGAAAAAUUGCAACUACUGCAAAAACGCUCCCUAAAGCAGUCAAUAGAAAACUCUAACUUAAAAAAUAAACUGUGUGAGGCUCAAAAGACUAAUGAAACAUUAAAAAGGAUGCUAUCUCAUAUGCCUACUGUAGAGAUAAAACAUAAGCUAGUUGUGCAACAGCGUAUAAACCGACAAAUGGCCAAAAAACUGAAGACAUUAGCAGCAGAGCGUUCAUUAGACAUGGUGGAACUUAAAUCAAGACAAUGUAUUAUAAAUAGUUUUGCUGGAAAAAUUAGUGAAAUCGGAGAGCUGUCAAUUCUUUCAGAUGGGAAAAACGAAAUAAAAUCUGCAAUUUUAGACGUUAAAAAUGAAAUAUCAAAGUCAAACAUGUCAUUGGUACCACAAGAGUAUAUGGAAUGUGGAUUGUUUUCAGAUGCCGAUACAAAAACAUCAACGAUGUGUGCGAAGUUAACGGAUAUUUUAAAUUCCGAAGUGUUUAAGGACCUGUGA